AUGGAAAUGAGUGGUGACCUAAAAACGAUAGACACAGCGCAUUCUCAGCGGGAGCAUUACCCGCAUGAGGGCAGCAUGGAGCUGGCUCCAAAGCCAGAACCCUAUAGGUCGUUUGACGCGCACCAACAAGCGCAUCAAUAUCGUUGGCCCGUUGGCCGGAAACGGGUGCUAGGGCACUCACAUUUACUUGGGUGUUGUGUUGCUUCCCGUGAUGCUGCGAACUCCCUCUGUGUUCUGUGCAUUCUAAUGGUUGUGGUCCUCAUAUUUUUGAUCAGUGUCGUGCCACGUGGAGAAGUUUACAGCUACGUGAUAGUGUCAGUGUUUUCUUUCUUCGCCCUUGUCAGUUUGGCAUUUUCCGUAUUGGUUGACCCUGGCAUCUUGCUGCCACUGCCACCGGAUCCAGAGCGACAGCCACAGAUUGUCAUUGUGAAUGGCAAAGAGGUGCUGUGCAAAGUCUGCCCUACAUGCCACAUCGUACGCCCACCAAGAAGCACACAUUGUCGUUUUUGCGACUAUUGUGUUGAAGAGUUUGAUCAUCAUUGUGGUGUCUUGGGGAGUUGUGUAGCGAAGAGAACAUUUCGUUUUUUUGCAGGGUUUUUUAUAUUUACAAGUGUUCUCGUAUUCUAUGUUGGUAUUCGCUCUGUUUUGGCGCUUGUCAAAAUGGAUUACAGUGCGAAUGGGGGAGAAGCCCACUGGUCGGUUGCAGCAGCCAUUAUAUGUGUUGCAGCUGCGCUCCUUUCAGGUUGCAUUGUUGCCCCCAUGGCCGUGUAUUACGUCUGCCUUGGCUGUUUGAAUUCAACACAGAAGGAGACCGCGCGUCUUGGUCUGGGCGUUUGUGAGCCAAAUCAUGAUUACCACGAGGGGUACUGUCGCAAUUUCUGGCGGCGCUAUUUCGGCCCCCUCGGGGAUAGCCGCAUUAACUCUCAGAAUGCUGAAAGCAUGGUUUAG